UUAUCCAAAAACACAAAUAAUUCCAUCAUCAAAAUAGAAAUUCGGUUCUUUGAUAAAUGAGUGCUGACACGAAACCAUAGGAAACGCGCACACACAAGAACUCCAUCCUAAUUUCCUAUAUAAAUACAAGAUGAAAAUGCAUAUUAAUCUUUCCACCAUAAUUCUGCUCUUUCUAAUAACAUUCACAAAUUCAAAUCUCCAGAAAAAAUCAUCAAUGGCUGAAACUGCUCCACCUUCAUCAUCUGCUCCUGCCGAUGUUUACAUCGUUUACACUGAACAGCCUUCUGAUGGCGCUGAUCAUGAAUCCUCCCAUCUUCGCACCCUUUCUUCUGUUGUUGGCAGUGAAGAAGCAGCCAAGGAAUCCUUGAUUUACGUUUACAAGAGCGCAGCUACUGGAUUCUCGGCCAAGCUGACUCCUGAGCAAGUUUCGCAGCUCGAAAAGCAACCCGGAGUACUUCAGGUUGUGGUGAGCAAAACUGUUCAGCUUCAUCCGGUCGGUGGUGGUGGGGCGGGAAAUAAUAUGAUGGUUUGAUGCUCUCACCUCUGUUACCUACAUGGGCUUAAAUACAGUCUACACUGGUGUUUGUAUACUCAUUAACACCAAUGUACAGUGUUUGUUACCCAUAAAUAAAAAUUUUCUACUUAUAGACAUGUAGAAGUUAUAGUAACAGUUUGGAAGUAAUGUUUAAUGCAUGUAGUUCUUGCAAGCAUUGUAUUAUAAUCCAGCACUGUGGAUGCUAUAAAUAUGAUGUUGGUUGUGUUGAGUGACCAAUCCGGCCACCCUAAUCCCAACCCCAAUAUUACUAUAUAGUAAUAUUGCGUAUUUUAAAGUAAUCAAUGAUAUUGAUCCAAAUUCAUAUA